AUGUUGGAUCAGAAGUCAGAUGUCUCAGAGCUGUGUUCCCAAAUGAUGCUCAAACUUCAUGAUGUUUAUGAUGCAAGCAAGAUAAACGUUAAGGUUAAGGUUGUUUCUGGAUCUCCUCCUGGUGUCGUAGCUGCUGAAUCUAAGCGAGCACAAGCAAGCUGGGUUGUGUAUCUUGUGUUUUCUCUUUGCUUAGCUGCCCAUGCUGCUGCUCUUAGGGAGUUGAAGCAUGAAGAGAAGCGUUGCAUGGAAGAGUUACAGUGCAACAUUGUUGUCAUGAAGCGUUCUCAGCCUAAAGUUCUCCGUCUGAAUCUUAUGGGAUCUCCCGAUAAAGAGUCCAAAGGAUCCUGUUCACUUCCAGCAGUGUUGGAUAGUUCUGUUGGUAAAACAGCAACUGAUGUAAAGGAGCCGCGGAGUUCAGUUCGAGGACCAGCUGUAACACCAAAUAGCAGCCCAGACUUAGAGACGCCUUUUGGAAGUACCGAAGCGGGAACAUCCUCAGUCUCAAGUUCAGAUCCAGGGACUUCUCCAUUUUGUGCUUCUGAAACAACUGUUUCUCUAAAGAAAGAGGUACAAGCAACAAAGGAUAAGAUCCAGCAUUCGGAUGUCAAUAUUUCUGAUACCGACAGUGAAAUAUUGAGUCCCUCAGCAACCUUCUCGCUUCAGCCAUGGAUGGUCGAAAUUCUACAGGGAUCUGCAUCCUCAAAACCGCCACGAAAAACUCGCACCCCAACUGCAGAUACUUUGCUUGAGAAGAUCUCCAAGUUAGAUCUUUUGCAUGAAAUAAGUUCUAUGAGAAGCAGAUCAGACUUAAACUUUAGAGGAAAUGUCAGGGACGCUGUCUCGUUAGCAAGGAGCGCACCUCCUGGGCCGCCUCCAUUGUGUUCGAUAUGUCAGCACAAGGCUCCUGUGUUUGGGAAACCUCCUCGGUGGUUUAGUUACGCUGAACUUGAACUUGCAACGGGUGGUUUCUCCCAGGCAAAUUUCCUGGCUGAAGGUGGAUUUGGAUCUGUUCAUCGAGGCGUCCUUCCUGAUGGUCAGGCAAUUGCUGUCAAGCAACAUAAGCUUGCUAGUUCCCAGGGUGAUGUUGAAUUUUGCUCAGAGGUGGAAGUUCUGAGUUGUGCACAACACCGUAAUGUUGUAAUGCUCAUUGGUUUUUGUGUUGAGGAAAGGAGGCGUUUACUGGUUUAUGAGUACAUCUGCAAUGGAUCCUUGGACUCACAUCUUUAUGGUCGCAAUAAUAAAGACACACUGGAAUGGGCAGCUAGACAAAAGAUUGCUGUUGGUGCUGCUCGAGGGUUGCGGUAUCUACACGAGGAAUGUAGAGUUGGCUGCAUUAUCCAUCGGGACAUGAGACCAAACAACAUCCUUGUCACACAUGAUUUUGAACCUCUGGUUGGAGAUUUUGGUCUAGCACGAUGGCAACCCGAUGGAGACAUGGGUGUUGAAACAAGAGUCAUCGGCACAUUUGGUUAUCUGGCACCAGAGUAUGCGCAGAGUGGACAAAUAACAGAGAAGGCUGAUGUAUACAGUUUUGGUGUCGUGUUGGUAGAACUUGUCACUGGGCGCAAGGCUGUUGACAUUAGCCGACCUAAGGGCCAACAGUUUCUAACUGAAUGGGCACGCCAUCUCUUGGAGGAUAAUGCAGUCGACGAGCUCAUAGACCCAUGCUUGGGGGACCGAUACAGCGAAAAUGAGGUUCUUCGCUUGCUCGAGGGCGACAUGGUUGUCGAUUCCGUCUCCGUUUCGGCCCCAAGUAGCGAUUCUGCGAGCAGGAGCUGGCGAAAGGCAAAUGAUCAACAGCAUUAUCAGGACUACAGCAGCCCAGCCCGGCAAGAUUCGCAGCGAGUGGUUGGAAGGAAACAACAAUCUUAUGACGCUUUGAGGGCUGCCUGGGACCGAGACAAGAAGAGCAUCUCUAACCGAUAUUAA